AUGUCUUGGGCGGACGUUCGAGGCUGUGUCUCCAAUGUGGUGAAGACUAAAAUAUUCCAGCUCAAGCGAAAGAGUUAUGAGAUGAAAAUUGAGGUUGAAGGCAAGAUCACGGAAGAGGGUACAGGAGUGGAGUUAACUGGGACAGGCUCCAGUGAGAUCACAGGCACCAUGAGCAAAAUCAGCUUUGAGCAGGUGGACUCUCAUUACAUACCAGGGAUCCCCUUCUCCGGGCAGGUGAAGCUGGUGGACGGGACCGAUGCUCCAAUCGCCAACGAAACCAUCCGGAUUUCCAUAGGGAGAAACAACUACGAAGCCAACUACACAACGAAUGAAGAGGGCCGAGUCUCGUUUUCUAUAGACACUGUCAACUUCACAGAAAACUUGAUUCAAAUCACUGCAAACCAUAAAUCUGAACUGAACUGUUACGACACAGACUGGAUCACCCCUGUGUAUGGUAACACCAUUCACAUGGCAACACGCUUUUACUCCCCGAGUAAGAGCUUUCUCAAAAUCGAGCCCCUGUCUCAGACUUUAAGCUGCGGUUCCAAUGAGAUGGUCCGGGUGCACUACAUCCUGAAGCCAGAGGCCGUGGGGGAGCAGAAGGAAAUCGUCUUUUACUAUGUG